AUGGCACCGCUACCCAUCAAGCUGGGCGAGAUCGUCCAGCUCACUUCGAUCGGUAUCGACAGCCAGGCCAUCGGCUUCAACUCUUGCACAUUAGAGUCCGACCGAUACGUCUGCGUCCGCGAGAAGAAGAACGAGGCCGCUUCGCCCGAAGUCGUCAUCGUGGACCUCCAGAACCUCAGCAAUGUGAUGCGCCGUGGCAUCAAGGCCGACAGCGCCAUCAUGCACUGGUCGCGUCCCGUCAUUGCCCUGCGGGCCCAGUCCCGGACACUCCAGAUCUUUGACCUCGAGAAGAAGGCCAAGUUGAACUCGGCAACCACAAACGAGGACGUCGUCUACUGGAAGUGGAUCAGCGAGAGCACCAUUGGCCUCGUCACCGAGACUGGCGUGCACCACUGGGACGUGUUUGAGGCGAACAAGGCCCCUGUGGAGGUCUUCAAGCGGAAUGCCGCGAUGAACGCCUGCCAGAUCAUCAACUACCGCAUCGACGCCGACAGCAAAUGGAUGGCCGUCGUCGGCAUUUCUCAGCAGCAGGGCCGUGUCGUUGGCUCCAUCCAGCUCUACUCCAAAGAGCGCGGUGUUAGCCAGGCCAUCGAGGGCCACGCCGCUUCCUUCGCCACAUACCAGAUGGACGGCGCCCCUCAGGUCUCGAAGCUGUUCGUCUUCGCCGUUCGCACUGCCGCCGCCGCGAAGCUGCACAUUGUCGAGAUCGACAAGCCCGACGCCAACCCCGCCUUCCCCAAGAAGGCCGUCGAUGUCUAUUUCCCCGCGGAGGCCGUUAACGAUUUCCCCGUUGCGGUUCAGGUGUCGCAGAAGUAUGGCAUCGUCUACCUCAUCACCAAGUACGGCUUCAUCCACCUGUACGACAUUGAGACUGGCACCUGCAUCUUCAUGAACCGCAUGUCGAGCGAGACCAUCUUCGUAUCUUGCACGGACAGCGAGUCGACUGGCGUUGUCGGUAUCAACCGCAAGGGUCAGACCCUGUCCGUCAAGGUUGACGAGACGACCAUCAUCCCCUACCUUCUCCAGAACCCGGCCAACACUGAGUUGGCGAUUAAGAUUGCCUCCCGUGGCGACCUGCCUGGCGCCGAGCAGCUCUAUGGCCGUCAGUUCGAGCAGCUCUUCAACGCCGGCAACUACGUUGAGGCUGCCCGCGUGGCCGCCAACUCGCCGCAGGGCUUCCUGCGCACGUCGGAGACCAUUGAGAAGUUCAAGCGGCUUCCCCAACAGCCCGGCCAGAUGUCGUACAUCCUGCAGUACUUUGGUCUGCUGCUCGACAAGGGCAGUCUGAACAUGACCGAGACGCUGGAGCUGGCCCAACCCGUUGUCGCCCAGAAGCGCACCGAGCUUCUCGAGAAGUGGGCCAAGGAGGACAAGCUGUACAGCUCGGAGCAGCUGGGUGACAUGGUCCGGCCGCUGGAUCUGGCCCUGGCUCUGCGCAUCUACCUCAAGGCCAACGUGCCCCACAAGGUCGUCGCCUCGCUCGCCCAAGCUAACCGCUUUAACGAGAUCAUUCCAUACGCCACUAAAGCCGGCUACACCCCCGACUACAUGCAGCUCCUGCAGCACGUCGCCCGCGCCAACCCAGACAAGGCUGUCGAGUUCGCGACCAUGCUGGCCAACAACGAGGGCGGCCCCCUGAUCGACCUCGAGCGCGCCGUCGACGUGUUCCAGUCGCAGAGCCUGCUGCCGCAGGUCACUGCGUUCCUCAUUGACGCUUUGAAGGAGAACCGCCCCGAGCAGGCUCACCUCCAGACCCGCCUCCUGGAGAUGAAUCUCCUGAACGCGCCCCAGGUGGCCGACGCCAUCCUCAGCAACCAAAUGUUCACGCACUUCGACAAGGCACAGAUUGCCAAGCUGUGUGAGCAGGCCGGUCUGUUCCGCUGGGCUCUGGAUCUCUACGAGGACCCCGCUGCCGUCAAGCGUGUCGUUAUCAACGUCCCCGGCACGGCCGACUUCGACCCGGAGUGGCUCACCACGUUCUUUGGCAAGCUCUCUGUCGAGCAAUCCCUGGACUGCCUGGAUGCCAUGAUGAAGCACAACAUCCGCCAGAACCUCCAGUCCGUUGUCCAGAUCGCCACCAAGUACUCGGACCUCCUGGGCCCCCAGAACCUCGUCGACCUGUUCGAGAAGUACAAGACGUCCGAGGGCCUGUACUACUACCUGGGUAGCAUUGUCAACCUGUCGGAGGACUCGGAGGUGCACUUCAAGUACAUUGAGGCUGCCACCAAGAUGGGCCAGUUCCAGGAGGUCGAGCGCAUUUGCCGCGAGAGCAACCACUACAACGCCGAGAAGGUCAAGAACUUCCUCAAGGAGGCCAAGCUGCAGGAUCAGCUGCCGCUGAUCAUUGUCUGCGACCGCUUCAACCUUGUCCACGACCUGAUCCUCUUCCUCUACCAGAACCAGCAGUUCCAGUCCAUUGAGGCCUAUGUUCAGCGCAUCAACCCGUCGCGGACGCCUGCCGUCAUCGGCGGUCUGCUCGAUGUUGACUGCGACGAGAACAUCAUCAAGAACCUGCUUGCGUCCGUGCAGCCGGGCCCGAUCCCCAUUGACCAGCUGGUGUCGGAGGUGGAGUCGCGCAACCGCCUCAAGCUGCUGCUGCCUUUCCUCGAGUCUGCUCUGGCUGCGGGCAACCACGACCAGGCCAUCUACAACGCGCUCGCCAAGAUCUACAUUGACUCCAACAACAACCCCGAGAAGUUCCUCAAGGAGAACGACCAGUACGAUACCCUGUCCGUCGGCAAGUACUGCGAGAAGCGCGAUCCCAACCUGGCCUACAUCGCCUACAGCAAGGGCCAGAACGACCUGGAGCUCGUCAAUGUCACCAACGAGAACUCCAUGUACCGCGCCCAAGCCCGCUACUUGCUUGAGCGUGCCGACCGUGAGCUGUGGCAGUUCGUCCUGAGCGAGAACAACAUCCACCGCCGCUCGGUCAUUGACCAGGUGAUCUCUACGGCCGUGCCCGAGUGCACUGACCCCACCAAGGUGUCGGAGGCCGUUGCUUGCUUCCUCAAGGCCGAUCUGCCGGCCGAGCUUAUCGAGCUCCUCGAGAAGAUCGUGCUGGAGCCGUCUCCCUUCAGCGACAACCAGAGCUUGCAGAACCUACUGCUGUUUACGGCCACCACGGCCGACAAGGCCCGUGUCAUGGACUACAUUCACAAGCUCGAUGCGUUCGACCCGCAAGAGAUCUCGGCGGCCUGCAUCAACGUCGGCCUGUACGAGGAAGCGUUUGAGAUCUUCAAGAAGAUCAACGACAGCGCCAGCGCCGUCAACGUUCUUGUCGAGCACGUUGUUAGCAUCGACCGUGCCCAGGCAUACGCCGAGGAGGUCGACAGCCCCGAGGUCUGGAGCCGCGUUGCCAAAGCCCAGCUGGACGGCCUGCGCGUGAGCGACUCCAUCGACUCGUACAUCAAGGCGCAGGACCCCAAGAACUACGAGGAGGUCAUCGAGACGGCCACCCACGCGGGCAAGAACGAGGAGCUUGUCAAGUACCUGCUGAUGUCGCGCAAGACGCUGCGCGAGCCUGCCAUUGACACCGCGCUCGCCUUCUGCUAUGCGCGCCUGGACAACUUGCCGGAGCUGGAGGACUUUUUGCGCGGCACGAACGUGGCCAACAUUGAGGAGUCCGGCGACAAGGCGUAUGGCGAGGGUCUCUUUGAGGCGGCCAAGAUCUUCUUCUCGAGCAUCUCUAACUGGGCCAAGCUCGCGACGACGCUGGUGCACCUCGGCGACUACCAGGCGGCUGUGGAGGCGGCCCGCAAGGCCAACAACAUCAAGGUGUGGCGCGAGGUGCACGAGGCGUGCGUGGAGAAGAAGGAGUUCCGCCUUGCGCUGAUCUGCGGCCUGAACCUCAUCAUCGACGCCGACCAGCUGCAGCAGCUCGUCAAGCAGUACGAGCGCAACGGCUACUUUGACGAGCUGAUCAACCUGCUCGAGCAGGGUCUCGGCCUGGAGCGUGCGCACAUGGCCAUGUUCACGGAGCUCGGCAUUGCGCUGUCGAGAUACACGCCGGACCGGCUGAUGGAGCACCUGAAGCUGUUCUGGAGCCGCAUGAACCUGCCCAAGAUGAUCCGUGCCUGCGAGGAGGCCAACCUGUGGCCCGAGCUGAUUUUCUGCUACUACCACUACGACGAGUUUGACAACGCGGCGCUGGCGGUGAUUGAGCGGCCCGAGAACUCGUGGGAACACCAGCAGUUCAAGGAGAUUGUGGUCAAGGUGGCCAACCUGGAGAUUUACUACAAGGCCAUCAACUUCUACCUGGAGCAGCACCCGUCGCUGAUCACGGACCUGCUGCAGGCGCUGACGCCGCGCAUCGACGUCAACCGUGUGGUGCGCAUGUUCCAGAAGUCGGACAACCUGCCGCUGAUCAAGCCGUUCCUGCUCAACGUGCAGUCGCAGAACAAGCGCGCGGUCAACGAUGCGAUCAACGACCUGCUGAUCGAGGAGGAGGACUACAAGACGCUGCGCGACUCGGUCGAGCACUACGACAACUACGACCCGGUGGACCUGGCCGCCCGGCUGGAGAAGCACGACCUGGUCUUCUUCCGCCAGAUUGCCGCCAACAUCUACCGCAAGAACAAGCGGUGGGAGAAGUCGAUUGCGCUCUCGAAGCAGGACAAGCUGUGGAAGGACGCCGUCGAGACGGCGGCCAUCUCGGGCAAGAGCGAGGUCGUCGAGGAGCUGCUGCGCUACUUUGUGGACACGGGCAACCGCGAGUGCUACGUGGGCAUGCUGUACGCGUGCCACGACCUGAUCCGGCCCGACGUUGUGCUGGAGCUCUCGUGGCGCCACGGCCUGACGGACUUUACGAUGCCGUACCUGAUCAACCUGCUGGCCCAGCAGACCAAGGAGCUGGCGGUGCUCAAGGCGGACAACGAGGAGCGCAAGGCCAAGGAGAAGGAGCAGGAGACGGUCGAGGACAACACGCCGAUCCUGGGCGGCAACCGGCUGAUGAUCACGGCCGGGCCGACGGGUGCCGGCGGCAGCGUGGGCCGUGCGUCGCCCGCGCCGUUUGCAGGCGCGAACGGCUUCGCCCCGCAGCCUACCGGAUUCGGGUUCUAG